GUUGGGCCAGCUCUCGGGAUGUCCCCUGGUGGAUUGUAUGUUGGUAUCGGGGUUUACCUGCUUGGCGCUUAUGGCUCGGCUACUGAGGCACGGUAGGUUUUCGCUAUUGCAGCACCCAAGGGAUGCGAAUGUGGGGAGCGGGUGUUGGCUAACCAGGGUUCGAGGGCCAUGGUGCCUUGGUAUUUACUCUCAUGGCUAGUGAAGGGGUGAAGAUUUUUCUGGAGAAGCCGACCUAUAAGUAUUCCACCUGCUCCAUCUAGUUAUGGGAGCAGGUUUCUAACCAGGUUUGUAGUAUUGCUGGCUAUAGUAUACCUUCAUGGAUGGUUCUCAUCUGGUUGGUGGCCAUCUCAAUUUUAGUUCCUGGAGCCAGCAUUCUCGGCCACUUUUGCGGGUUGAUAGUUGGUUAUCUUUGUUAGUUACCCACCUCCUCUCCAUUGCACGCACGCUGAUAGCACUUUCAGAUUCCUGUCACUACAUCCGUCUCCUCCAGCCUUCAGAGACUGUGCGAGGUAAGAUCUAGUCCACGCUGGACCUUGUGCUACAGCAUGUAACCUUCUACAUCUUCCUUGAGAACAGGAUUGAGAUGAACCAAAUAGAGCUCCUACCGACAUCUGUUGGCUCAAGAACCCAAUAA